AUUGCCAUGCUGUCAGCGACGCCGCCAAAAAAAGUCACAAGCUUGUCACCUCAACCACAAAUUUCCCUCGCCUCUUUCUUGUUCUCUCUUUUCUCCCUCCCUCCCCAUACCUACCGUACCGAUUAACCCCUCCCUUCUCCUUUCCCCAUACUAACCCGACAGUUGCAGCUGCGACAGCUCGGACCGACACCAACGCCUGGGUCGACGACUUCUGUGCAUUCGUCGCAUUGUUCCUUGCAGUCGUUUGUUUCCUUGGGCCGUCUUGUCGUCUGCAUUUGCUGGAGCCUGGCGUUUGUUUCCUUUGCCGUAACCUGUGCCGUCUCCUUUUCCCUGCAUCGUCGUCUCUUCGUCUCCGUUGGCCACAUGGAUUUCGCGACAUCGCCAUAGACCGAGCACUCGCCUCCAUUUGCACCGACACCACCACACACGAGCUGCCGCCUGGAUCGCCCCGUGCUGAGCGGCCGACAUGAGCGCGCCGCCUCCGCCCCCACCCCAUGGCGAGGCGCCUCGCUCGUCGGGCCUGCCGCCUGGCAAGUACGACAUCUUCGUCAUACCAGAGCACUCUGCUGGCUCGGGAUUCCUGUACCUGCCGUCAUUGCAGCCCAACGUCAACAGCUUCGCCGCCGGCUUCGCCUCGGCACUCAUCCUCGUUGCCGUAUUCCAGAGCAUGGCCCCUGCCUUCAAGGUAUGGUGGGAGGGUUUUCAGGGCCUGGGCAACAUGGGUAUAACGCUGCUCAUCCUGGGCGUGGGCUUCGGCGCCUGGUCGCUGGGUCGGACGCAAAACGACACCCCGCCCGGCGCCAGGCCGGGCCCGUCGGCGGCGGGAGGAGGCGGUUCAGCAGGCUUUGGCGCCUCCGCCUCGGGAUCUCACGCCGGUCCGCCGCCGCCGCCGCACGGCGAUUCAAGCCCACCCCCUCCUCCUCAGCAAGACAAGCCCAAGCCCUCUUGGCAGCAACAACGGUCGACGCCGCAGCCAGGGACCACAAAAGCCGAUACGCCCAAGGGAUCGUGGGAAAAGGCUCGCGAAGAGACGCGGAAAAAGGAAGAAGAGCGCAAGACAAGGGAGGCCGAACAGAAGCGACGCGAGGAGGCGGCCAAGAGACUGGCUGAGCUGCGCGCCAAGGAGGCGAGGGAGCGGCAGGAGAGGGAAAAGGACCGCGAGCGCAAGGAAAAAGAAGCCCAAGACAAGAAGGACAAGGACCUCGCCGACAAGAGGAAGAAGGACCUGGAAGAGAAGCUGGCCAACGAGAAGAAGGAAAAAGAGGCAAAGGAGCACAAGCUUCGCGAGGAGCAACAAAGAGCGGCCGCGGCGGGCACGGGUCGCGGCGCCAGCAGCUCGUACGCCUACUCGGGCGUUGGCGAAAAGACGAGCAUGUGGCCCAACGGCCGGCCAAACGUUGCGCCCUCGCAGGCCGGCUCGCCGUCCAAGAGCCCGCCCAGCCCCGGUAAGAAGCCGCCGGCGCCGACAGCCAAGACGUACGUCAGCGCCGACGAGGACGCGCACUCGUUCCGGCCCUAUGACCAGCCAAAGACGUCGCGGCGCAGGCCCUCGCUUUCGUCCAUGGGCGGGUCCGAGUCGUCGUGGGCGCCAUCGCACACGACCGCUCGCACGUCUCCGCCACCGUCGUUCCGCGGCCCCUACACCACCAAGGACCCGGACAAGAUCGUCAUCAACGCCGUCUACCUCUUCAUGAACCAGUUCGCCAAGACGCCGGCCAGCCAGCUCGUGUCGGGUAUUGGAUCGGUGACGGACGGGCUGAUCCUUCGCAUCACCACCGAGGGCCUUUUCAUCGACGACGAUGUCCGAGGCGUCCCGCAGCGCGAAUGGGACGUCAAGGCGUGGACCCUCAAACAUGUCGAGACCGGAGGCUGGAAGGCCAAGGGCCUGCACAUUCUCCGCGCCAACGUCCGUGACCAAGAGGGCAAGCGGUACAUGUUUGUGCUGGACGAGACGGAGAGCUGGAAGGUGGCCGUCGGGCUGCAGCGUCUGCGCCGCGGCACGCAGGUACGCCAGUUGGGCGUGAGCAGCAUGUCGCCGUCGGAGGCCCGAGGCACGCUGGAGACGCUUGGGUGGGCCGAGUGAGUUUUUGUUUACAACAGACACGGGCGAGCGGGUCACGUCUGCUCCGUCGUUGUCGUCGUCGUUGUCGUCGCCGUUGUCGGCGGCAGGGAGAGAGGAGUCAUGGCAUGGGAGGGCCAGAGCAUCUGACGAGCGAGCGAGCAAGUUGGUUUUAAGGGCGAGGGAGAAAUGCGACAUGUAGGGGGGCCAUUGUGUUGUUGAGAUUUGGUUGGAAUGCGGGCUUACGGGCAGGUUGCACCACGCCCGCGAAAAAACAGCAAGACACAUGGGCUGUGCCGUUAACAUUCCAUUCAUUAUACCCACUUUACGUGCAUGAGCACGAAGGAAUUGAUUAGAUGGGCUGAGAGCAGCAAAGCGUCGUGGGCUGAUGAGUUUCAAUGGUGAUUCGAAGUCGUCAGGCAGGAGGCGGAUUGCCAUGGUUCGGCAAGCUGCCCGUUUACUUGGCCCGUUCCAUCACUCGACGCAAGAAUUGAUUACUUGUAAAUGUUUAAGCCCGUAUCGGCUGCUUUGUCCAACAGCCCGCGCAGCGCGGUCUUGAGGACUUUUUACGGAAUAGGUCGGAACUGAUCAAUCCUGUUUCACGAUUUCGAGGAAAUUGAGGCUGGGCUUGGUAAUAAAGCUUCGUUGAAAAACAUUCGAGGAGACUAAGGGUGUUCCAUAUACAUUAAAGAAGGGGCCAGAAGCAACUCGGAAACGACCGUGGUCCGACUUUCAGAAUAACGAAACAGCAACGAGGCCGCAUGCCGGGCCGCCGGAUAACAAGGCAUACUAGUAUUUCGUCGGACAAUAGUUGAUUAUGUCGGCCUCCUCUAGGCUUAUGCAGCGCUCGCGCCCGUCGUCGUCCUCUAGAGCCAUCAGUGCCUUUCCCUCAUCGCCUCUCCUCUUCUUUGCAUGUAUGUUCGGAUGGAUGGAUGGGGGCAAUGGGGGAUCUGCGCGUAGCGGGCGAAAGGCUUUGUCGCGUGUGAUCUGGUGUCUAAAGUUGGCCCGGCACGUCCCCGGCGCGCAGCCCCCCUCGUGAUGAAGGUCUUCGAGGAGGAGCUGUUCGUUGCUGUUUAUGCUGGACAUGGGGUAGAUGGUGAGGUCGGGGCAAUGGAACCGGGCCCUCAGCGUGCUCUGCACCUCGUUACGCUCGUACUCGUCGCGGAUGUAGAUGAAGCAGAGGUCGAGUGUCUUAUCCGUGUAUUUGCGCCACACGACGCUUACGACGUUCGCGAGGCGCUGGGCGACUAACGGGUCCCAGACGAUGUCGUCGCCGGCCGGGCCGGCUCGCCGGGCUAGCUGCGGCGGCGGUCGCCGAUGGCGAGCGAAGACCCAAGCGUCUCUCGCGCUGAGCAAGGACGGGUAGGGGUGGCGUGUGGGUGCCAUGGCCCUGCUGCACAGCUGGGCGAGCCCGUUCUUCUUCUGGUACUACUACGAGUGCUUUGUUCUUUCCCCCCUUCAAUCGUUUGGGGUGGGCGGGGGGAAACGUCGGGGAGACACGAAGCCGAGAUGACGAGGGCUGAUCAAGGCCGAGAUGACACGAGAGGAGGGAGGAAACGUGACCUAUGCAAGUGAAAUGGAAGAAGAUAAGAC